GUUGUGUCAGGAUAUCAUCCUCGUCAGCACAUUCACCCGUAUCUCUGCACAGUGUCUGUUUUUUCUCUUCCAGGAGUGUUGACACUGGUCGACAAAUCACAAUGGAAAGCCCAGCCUACAGAAGGCCAACUCAACAAGCUAGUCCAUCCCACCAAAUACGUCAUAGUACAACACUCAGCCACCUACUCUUGUAAAACUAAUGAAGGAUGCGAGAUCCUAAUGAGAUCCAUCCAGAACAAUCACAUAAACAACGACGAUAUAGGGGAUGAUAUUGGCUACAAUUUUGUGAUCGGGGGAAACGGGUUGGUUUAUGAAGGGAGAGGUUGGGACACUGUGGGUGCCCAUACUAGGGGUUGGAACAGUGCUUCGAUAGGGGUCGCAUUUUUGGGCAAUUUUCAAAAAGAAGUACCCAAUCCCGCCUAUUUUGAUGCGUUAGAUUGUUUGAUCAGAGAAGGUGUUCGCUUGAAAAAAUUGGACGAAAAUUAUAGACUUGUGUAUGCGGCACAGGUUCAAGAUACGUUGAGUCCUGGUAAACAUGUGAACACACAAAUGAAGAAACAUCCUCAUUUCUAUUCAGUGGAGGAUCAGUUGUUUGUCAAUGAUCCUUCUAAGGAGUGACUCAUAUCUAUUUAUUUUUGUCUGGUUUCACCAAGCUCGGUCAAGACAUUUGAACAUGAUCAAGCCGGGUGAAGGAUUUACAAGUGCACUGGAAUUAUCGAUUAGUAAAAACUACAGUUACUGUAUGAAGAAACUCUUCAAAGCUGAACAGUUGAAACACCAGCUUGUAUGCUAUGGUGAUGGCUAUUACUACGUUUACUAUAAUAUCAAGCUGGAUUCGCAAACAAUAGUAGAUAUAUAAUUCAUGUAGUUUCUAAUGGGUUUAUUCAAAUUCAUACUCACUCGGCGGGGCUCAAUACGAAUAGGUCUGAUCCAAUCAGAACUCCGGGGAAUUAUAUUUUCCUACAGAUACCUUGAAAAGUGACCAUUUCUGCACUGAUUGCAGGCCGCAAAGAAUCACUUUUCCGCACUAGUGCGCAAAGUGAGUACUUUGCGUACUCCAGAUUUGCAGCAUG